AUGGAUUAUAGAUCAAAUGUGACAUACAUCACUUUUGGUGGGCAUGUGGAAGUGCAUAAAUAUAGAUAUCUUUAUUUUGUGCUCAUGUUUACGGUGUAUAUUUUAGUAAUUAACAGUAACUUCACGAUUAUUGGCAUCAUAAUGUUUCACAAAAACCUGCAUGAGCCAAUGUACAUUUUCAUUGCAGCUUUGUUAAUCAACUCUGUUCUUUUCAGCACUGCUAUCUACCCAAAGCUUUUGAUUGACUUCUUAUCAGAAAAACAGAUCAUAUCUUAUCCAGCAUGUCUCUUCCAGUGGUUUUUAUAUUACUGGUUAGCCGUUUCAGAUUUCUUUCUCUUGUCGGUUAUGGCCUAUGACAGAUAUGUGUCUAUAUGUAACCCUCUGCAAUAUCCAAUCAUCAUGCAAAAAACAACUGUGAACGUUUUUCUUAUUUCCGCUUGGAUUCUGCCUGCUUGUUGGUUUUCAGUUGUAGUAUUACUAAGUGCUAAAAAAGAAAUCUGUCAGUUUCAUUUGAAAGGAAUACUUUGCAACAGCACAAUUCUAACACUUCACUGUGUGCGAUCAAGAAUUCUGAAUAUAUAUGGUUUGUUGAGUCUUGUUACUUUUUUAAUUCUCCCUUUGCUCUUCAUACUUUUCACAUACGGCAGGAUACUUGUAGUAUCGUAUCGAUGUAGAGGAGUCAGGAGUAGAGCUGCACAGACCUGUUUACCCCAUCUGCUGGUUCUAAUCAACUUUUCCUGUUCAAAUGCAUAUGAUGUACUUCUUCCUCGACUGGAACUCGAUUCUCCAAAAAUUGUACGUUUUAUUAUAACUGUACAAUUUGUAAUAUAUAGCCCUCUUUUUAAUCCAAUCAUUUAUGGACUAAAAAUGAGGAGAAUUAAUGAUCACCUUAAUAAGCUUCUAUUUAGAAUGUUGAGGGGUGUUCAUCUGCAAAAUUGA